AUGGUUAUGGCAGCUGAGCUCUUGUGUCUCUCCAAAACCCUAUCUCUCGUCUCUUUCCCAUUUCCCAAAUCAACUCUCCCUCUUCUUCUUCGCGCCACUCCCUACUCCCUUCCCCUCCACCGCCGCCGCCGCUUCCUCUCCCGCCUCUCCGCCGCUGAUCAUCUCGAUGUUUCCGCAACAGAGCCUGACGGAGAUGAGUCCGACGUCGAUUUCGACUUGGCCGCCCUCGAUGAAGAGGCCAUUGUCACCGUUGAAGAGUUCUCUUCAUCUCUCUCCAAGCUGCUCACAAUCGAAGAUGAGAAGACUGAUCAGGAGGAAAUCGGCCGAAAGCAGAGGAGGCGCACAACUCCGAUUAAAACUAUCCCUGACCAUCUUCUUCCCAGAGUUGCAAUUGUGGGAAGACCGAAUGUUGGUAAAUCAGCGUUAUUCAAUCGACUUGUCUCGGGGAACAAGGCAAUUGUAGUUGACGAGCCAGGGGUCACUAGGGAUCGGCUGUAUGGUAGGUCCUUUUGGGGGGACUUUGAAUUUAUGGUGGUGGAUACUGGUGGUGUUCUUACAGUUUCAAAGUCACAGGCCAAUGUCAUGGAAGAAUUGGCCAUUUCAACUACUAUUGGCAUGGAUGGAAUUCCUCUUGCCUACAGAGAGGCAGCUGUUGCUAAGAUGCCUUCAAUGAUUGAGAAACAAGCUACCGCAGCUGUCGAUGAGUCAUCUGUCAUUAUUUUUCUCGUUGAUGGCCAGGCUGGUCUAACUGCAGCUGAUGAAGAAAUUUCAGAUUGGCUACGUAGGAAUUACUCAGAUAAGUACAUCAUUCUUGCAGUCAACAAAUGUGAAUCUCCACGCAAAGGAGUCAUGCAAGCAUCAGAAUUUUGGUCUUUGGGGUUUUCGCCACUUCCUAUAUCUGCUAUAUCUGGAACUGGAACUGGAGAGCUUCUCGAUCUUGUGUGUUCAGGACUAAAAAAGAUCGAGGAUCCUGAUGAAUUUGCUGAAGAAGAAGAAUAUGUUCCUGCAAUUGCAAUUGUUGGUCGACCAAAUGUUGGUAAAAGUAGCAUUUUGAAUGCUUUGGUUGGAGAGGACAGGACAAUUGUUAGCCCAGUCAGUGGAACCACUCGGGAUGCUAUUGAUAUUGAAUUCACUGGACCAGAUGGACAGAAGUUUCGGCUUAUUGACACUGCUGGAAUCAGAAGAAAAGCUGUUGUUGCUUCAUCAGGUAGCGUGACAGAGGCUUUAUCUGUUAAUCGAGCAUUUCGUGCCAUUCGCCGUUCGGAUGUUGUGGCUCUUGUCAUUGAGGCCAUGGCUUGUAUCACAGAACAGGAUUGCAAGAUUGCUGAAAGGAUAGAAAAAGAAGGGAAAGGUUGCCUGAUAGUUGUAAAUAAAUGGGAUACUAUACCGAAUAAAAACCAGCAGACUGCAACAUACUACGAGCAGGAUAUUAGGGAAAAACUUCGUAUUCUUGAUUGGGCUCCGGUUGUAUAUUCAACUGCACUAGCUGGUCGUAGUGUUGAUAAAAUUAUCAUGGCUGCUAGCACCGUUGAGAGAGAACGGUCAAGAAGGCUUACUACUGCCGUAGUGAAUCAAGUAGUACAGGAGGCGCUAGCUUUUAAAUCACCACCUAGGACACGAGGUGGCAAAAGAGGACGUAUAUAUUACAGCACCCAGGCUGCUAUAAGGCCACCGACAUUUGUGUUCUUUGUUAAUGAUGCAAAACUUUUCCCUGAAACUUACCGUCGCUAUAUGGAGAAGCAACUGCGUUCAGAUGCUGGGUUUGCCGGUACUCCACUUCGCCUUCUAUGGAGUAACAGGAGGAAGACAGAAAGAGAUGAAGGGAGAGCUACAACAAGGCCAAAAGGGAAUCUUGUGCCACGUGACAAAAAAUUGGAAUUAGCUACGUGAAGAUGGGAGUGUCCAGGUUUCCCUGAACCGGUGACUAGUUUUGUUGUGCGUGUGGAACGUCCUAGUUAUCAGAAAUUGAUGAUAACCAUGUAAAUGUUUGACUAAUUGUAGACUAUAUUUGGCUGAGGUUGGGGCCGUUGGGCAGUGAAAAUUUUAAGCUGGAUCAUGUGCAAGCUAUGUUAAAGUGAGGAACUUGCAGGAGGGAAACAUCAUCUCAAGUUUCUUCAAUUUCUGGAAUGUCGAGUGGUUGGCAUGAAGAUGAUAUUGUAACUUGGACCAAACUUUCAUAUCUCUGCCUAUGUUUUUGAAUGUUAAUGCUCAUUUGAAGCAACACAAAGUUAAUAUAAAUCAGCAGCUGCAGUUUUGGGAGAGAGGGAUGAACCCAUUGGGGUUAUGGUACUAAGAUCAAGUUUAUAUGGAAGUCCUCCCUUUUACAUGUAUGGUGAUCGAUGCGCGGAUAAAAAACCAGCAUCCCUUGAGAAAGAUGAUACUUAUCUUUGUGCCAUCAGAUGAAUGGCCAAUUGUUUUGAAAUGCCUAAAACGACUUCUAUCUAUGCAAUUUUUUCCUCUAAUAUGAAUUACAAACCACUUUUUU